UAAUCUAAUGAUAAAAAAUACAGUACUUAUGUAAUGGUACAAGACCAUUUUGGUUAUGCAUAUUAGACCGAGUCUAUAAAUAGACCAUGUAGCUAUGUCUCCACACAAGGAAAUUAAAGAAAGAUACAAAGAGAUAGUAACAAUGGAGUUGAUGAACAAGAACAAGAAGGCAAUGGUGAUGAAGUUAGCUUUGCUGGUUUUCCUUUUGGGCUUCACUUCAACUGUUGUUGAUGCUCGUUUCGAUUCAACAUCCUUCAUAACUCAAGUGAUCUCAAAUGGUGAUUCUACUACUAAUAAUUAUGAUGCCAAAUCAACAGCCACAGCAUGCUGUAAUACCUGCCUUUGCUCAGUAACACCAGAACUUACUCAGUGUCGCUGUGCUGAUGUUGGAAAAACAUGUCACUCAGCUUGCAAAAAUUGUGAAUGUGGAUGGAGUUCUCCACUGUGCACUUGCUAUGAUAUCACUGAUUUCUGCUAUAAACCAUGUAAUUAAUUAUGUAUGUGAUAAACAAAGUCUCUAUAAGGCUUUUGUUUUUUAUUGUGUGUAUGGAAAUGAAGAAAUAAAAAUUACUUUUUGGCCAGUUUGUUUGUUUUUGACAAACUGCAUGGUCAAAUGUGUUUGUUUUGUAGAUUUUGUCAAUCUUUUCAAUGAUUAGAUAUCUUAACAAGUGUUUUAAA